CAUCUGGAGAUUGAAAUCUCGGUCCGACGCCUGAAGGUUAGUGGUUGGUUAGUGAGUAGUUUGGUAACAACGUGUGAACAGCUGAUCCGCGUCUUCCAAGUGUCAAAUGCGUAUUUGUAAAUAACGAUCCGUUGCAUAAAACGCAGAGUGUAACAAUUCCUCAACCGCGAGCGGGUAACAAUGAUGGAUGCAAAAGCUACCGUCAGCUUCGCUUGCCAGAGAUGCUUGCAGCCCUUGCGAUUGGACACGAGCUUCAAUCACCUGGGGGAACACACACUCGCUGAACUUUCACGUAGUUCCGAUUCACCAACACUCUGUCGGAGAUCUCGAACACCAUAGCGAUAGCUUAGAACAAUUGGCUCCACCCUUUCGGUUGACCGAAUCAGCUAAUGGAUCGAACGGAUUUAUGCUCGUCGGAGAUUCGGGAGAAACUGAAUGUCUGAGCCACCACCUUAGGGUCAGAGCAACGCUUUUUGAUAUACUGAGCAGUAGUAGCUCAGCUGAUCAUCCGCUAUGUGACGAAUGUACAGACAACUUAUUGAUGUUGAUGGAUCAGCAGUUGAGAUUAACAGAGGGAGAGUGGUCGGAUUACAACGAAUAUUUAAAGCGAUUGGAAUCCGAACAGGUGCAGCUCGACGAUGAUCUUGAACUGAAUAAUCUCGUCAAAGAGUUGCAUGACAUCAAGGCAGAAGAGGAGAGAAUGAUUGGAGAGUUGGAGGCCUUGCAGAGAGAAGAGGCUGCCACUAGAACUGCAAUAGCUGAGCAGGAAAGGGAACGAGAGCGAUUACAGGGAGAGGAGGAACGCUACUGGAAAGAGUAUUCCAGACACAGGAGAGACAUGAUGUUUGCCGAAGACGAAUUCCGCAGCUUGGAGAAUCAAGUGGCUUACGCAGCUUCACAACUAGAGAGGCUGAAAAAGACGAACGUAUUUAAUGCCACAUUCCAUAUUUGGCAUUCCGGACAUUUUGGAACGAUAAAUUCAUUUCGGUUGGGUCGUCUACCUAGCGCUCCUGUAGACUGGAGCGAAAUAAAUGCAGCAUGGGGUCAAACGACUCUCUUAUUAACAGCCCUAGCCCGAAAGAUGAAUCUUACAUUCCAGCGUUUUCGACUGGUCCCAUUUGGUAAUCAUAGCUAUAUUGAAGUCCUCGAUCAGCAUAGAGAGCUCCCGUUGUAUGGCAGUGGUGGUUUCAAAUUUUUAUGGGACACAAAAUUUGAUGCUGCCAUGGUUGCUUUUUUGGAUUGCUUGCAACAGUUUAAGGAAGAGGUUGAAAAAGGUGACAGUGGCUUUUGCCUUCCCUACAGAAUGGAUCGUGGUAAAAUUGAGGAUUCUGCAACCGGAAAUUCUUACUCAAUCAAGAUCCAAUUCAAUUCCGAAGAGCAAUGGACCAAGGCUCUCAAAUUUUUACUGACCAAUCUGAAGUGGGGUUUGGCCUGGGUCAGUUCCCAAUUUACAAAAGAUGAGGCUGAGCACUAGUACCUAUCUAUUUUGCCAUUUUAAUUGAUAUAAAAAACAAAACUUUGUAAAUAAACAUAAAAUUGAUAAACGUCAA